AUGAAGGAAAUAAAAGACCCGGAAAUGGCUAAGCAUGAAACCGACAUGGAAGUCGAUAGUGAACCAAAAGAGCCGCUUGAAAAUGAUCCAGAAUACCUUUCAAAACAUCUGCAUAUAUUUACAAAGUUUCAAAAAUCUGUCAAUGAUAAUGGUGAUCUGGGAGAAGAGAUGGACGAGGAAAAUGAAGAAAUUGAAAAGCAGGAUCUUGCUCCAUUACCACAGCCAAUGCUACCAAGAGAUAAAAGAUUGAUAUCCAAUACAAAUCAUUUGAAAAACCUCGAUUGGUUGGCGACACCUCUAUACGCAUCACCCGAAGAAACCAAACCCUUAAGUGAAUUCAAAACAUUAGCGCCUUUCAUGUUAAAGAACCUUGAGGCUCAAGGUAUUAAGGAUGCAUUUUCCGUUCAAAUCUCGGUACUCAAUUUAUUGCUUGAAGAUUUUGAAAAAAACAAGCUUCAACCUGAUUUUAGAGGUGAUUUAUUGGUUAAUGCAGCAACUGGGUCUGGUAAGACAUUAGCAUAUCUGAUUCCAAUCAUCCAAGCAUUGCAUAAAAGAGUGGUCCCCCGUGUUAGGGCGAUAAUAUUGGUCCCUACAAAACCAUUAAUUAACCAAGUGAAAUCAACCUUGUCCCAAAUUUCAAAAGGAACUAACUUAUCAAUUGUUAAUUUAAAAAAUGAUAAAUCAAUAAACGAGGAAGCUUCGAAAUUGACUCAAAAUGAACCAGACAUCAUUGUUUCCACACCGGGAAGAUUAGUCGAUCAUAUCACCAAGGGAAGUAUAAGUUUAAAGUACCUUAGGUAUUUAGUCAUUGAUGAAGCUGAUCGUUUGCUUAAUCAGUCAUUUCAAAAUUGGUGUCAGACCUUAAUUUCCUCAAUUGAAAUGCAUCAAAUCAAAACUAAUGAUAUUUCGAAUACUUGGUCUUUAAAACCUCAAAAAUUAAUUUUCUCUGCAACCUUAACUACAGAUGCCGGGAAAUUAUCCCAUUUAAAGUUUGAAAAACCAAGAUUGGUCAUUAUAAAUAACCAAGAACAAAUGGUUAACGAAAUAUUCAGUGUUCCGGCAACAUUAUCCGAAAACAAAAUCUCCCUUGGAUCAGCAAAAUCGCCAACGAAACCUUUGAUCUUAGCAAAAUUCUUAAUAGAUCAACAAAAAACAUCAAAUGUUUUGGUUUUUGCAAAAUCAAAUGAAGCCUCCCUUAGAUUAUCCAGACUAUUAACAUUAAUCUUCGCCAAACUUAUUCCUAAUGAGAGUAUCAACGUCAUGCAUAUAAACUCCACAAACAAUAUCACUAGUGUUCGUACUAAAAUAUUGAAAGAUUUUUCAAAUAAAACUAUCAACAUUUUGAUUGCAACUGACUUGAUCGCUCGUGGUAUCGAUCUUCUUUCAAUCACUGACGUCGUCAAUUACGACUUGCCCAACUCCUCCCGCGAGUACGUCCAUAGAGUAGGUCGUACUGCUAGAGCCAACCAGCUUGGUCAUGCCUAUACCUUGUGUUUUGGUAAAGGUGAAACCAAAUGGUUUAAUAGCAUAAUGAAGGAUGUUGGUAGGGGUGAUAAGUCAAUAAACGACGUCGAAUUAGACUUUAAGACCUUGGUGACUAGUGAAGACGAACAUCUUUACGCCGAUGCAUUACAGGACUUACAAAAACAAGUGUAUAAUAAGUAA